AUGCCAUACUGUCGCGCGUUUAAAACCUGCGAUGCCACAAAUUCAAAUUGCGUGACACGAAAUUAUGGAUCUUCCAUACCAAUGCGCAUCUACGAGUGUCUGCAUGAGAGCAGCAUGUUGCGCUGCACAAAGCUGUUUGUGCUGCAGAAGCUUGAGGAGCGCAAACAGCUGCCACAAACAGGCAACAUGACCAGAGAUUUUAUGGAUCAGUUCUUUGGCCAGGAAACGCAACUGGGCAGCCUGAUAACGGAGAAGUAUCGGCAGAUGUCGGAGAAGGAGCUAAACCAGCGUCUGGUGCAGAACUUUCAGCGCUUCUUUAAGAAUCGCGACAUCAAGCUGCACUUUCUGCCCGGCAUGCUGGUCAAGAUUGUGCCUAGCAAAGAGAACAAACUCAAAUUUAGCCUAAAGAAGGCCAUCAAAUCCCGAUUGGGUCGCGCGCGCCGACGCGACACCGAGGAGCUGCAGCUGAAUCUUAUGAAUCUGCCUUCCAUGGCCGGCGGCGUUGCCGGCACCAGCGCCAGUGUGGAGGCAUACGAGCCAGAGCCGGAGGGUGACUCCAAGCAGCAGGUCGGCUUGGGUGCCGGCAUUCAUGCGGGCGAUUCCGCCGGCGGUGGUGGACUGCUCAAUAAGCGCAAGAAGAAGCAAUCCUAUAAGACAACAAUGUUGCAGGUGGCUGUGCCCAUACUGGUGCUGCCCGCCAUACUGCUGGCCAGCCUGUUACCGUUUGUCCUGCCCACACUCAAAAUGGCCACAAUCCUAUCGCUCUUCAUGAAUAACGGCGCCUUUUUGGCCGCCAUGCUCUAUGCGUACGCCUCGGCCUCCGCUUCCAGCGCGAGCAACCAGCCGCAGCACAUCAGCUAUGGCUAUACCGAUGGCUUUCACUGAUCCAAAAAUGUAAUUAAAAUUUAUGUGUUGUAUGAUUCCAAU